CCGAGCUCCACCGCCGCCGAGCACCAUGGGAGACGCCGGGAGCGAGCGUAGCAAAGCGCCCAGCCUGCCGCCUCGCUGUCCCUGCGGCUUCUGGGGGUCCAGCAAGACUAUGAAUCUCUGUUCCAAAUGCUUUGCUGAUUUUCAAAAGAAACAACCAGACGAUGAUUCCGCUCCAAGUACAAGUAACAGCCAAUCAGAUUUGUUUUCCGAAGAGACCACGAGUGACAACAACAAUACCUCGAUAACCACGCCAACUCUUAGUCCCAGCCAGCAGCCGCUUCCGACAGAACUGAAUGUAACUUCACCCAGUAAAGAGGAGUGUGGGCCAUGCACAGACACAGCUCAUGUCUCAUUAAUCACACCAACCAAAAGAUCCUGUGGUACAGAUUCACACUCUGAGAAUGAGGCUUCACCAGUAAAACGGCCACGACUACUGGAGAAUACCGAACGGUCCGAGGAAACCAGUCGAUCUAAACAGAAGAGUCGACGUCGGUGUUUCCAGUGCCAAACCAAACUGGAGCUGGUGCAGCAGGAAUUGGGAUCAUGUCGCUGUGGUUACGUGUUCUGUAUGUUACAUCGCCUCCCUGAGCAGCAUGACUGUACGUUUGACCACAUGGGCCGCGGUCGAGAGGAAGCCAUCAUGAAAAUGGUGAAACUGGACCGGAAAGUGGGGCGUUCCUGCCAGCGCAUCGGGGAGGGGUGCUCCUGAAGGCCAGGCGCGGCCGCCACAUGACGCUGUUCUUAGUUCACUAAUGUUAGCCUUAUUUAGGACAAAGUCAGCCAGACACCUUGUACUGGGCACGUGUCAGACUACAGCCAGUCUGUUUCCUUUCUUUAGCCAGCCAUCCUGGUACUGUAGUUUAGGGGUUGAUGGUGGUUGAAAUUGAUUUCUGGCUGGUUACUAAGGUGCCUGCUAGCCAUUGUAUAAAAUUAAAACAUGAAGAGUAUUUU